AUGACAAAUGGUACAACCAUCCUAAGAUUAGGCAACGAAAGACACAUGAAUUUGGACACUAAGACACAUUUUGAGAAUUCAAACCUGUAUUGCCCUCUCUUUAAUGUACGCAGAACAAGGUCAAUAAAUUUAAUAUUCAAAAACAAGUGCCCAUACACAGUAUGGCCAGGGACCUUAACAGGCAGCGGGACACCAUUAGCAUCUACAGGGUUCACCUUGCAACCUGGUGAUUCUUAUACUAUGAUUGCUCUUCCUUCUUGGUCUGGUCGCAUUUGGGGUCGAACUAAGUGUUCCUUAAACUCUACUACCCAAUUUUUUGUUUGUGAAACUGCAGACUGUGCAUCAGGUCAAAUAGGUUGUAAUGGAGCAGGAGCAAUCCCACCAGCAACACUACUAGAAUUCACCGUAAACGGCAACACAAACCAAGAUUUCUACGACAUAAGUCUAGUUGAUGGCUACAAUCUACCAAUCUCAGUAUCUCCCACAACCCAAAAAUGUAACACAACAUCUUGUCCUUUUAACAUUAACAAAUCAUGCCCACAAGAAUUACAACUAAAAGAUUCAACCAAAUCUGAUAUUAUAGCAUGUAAAAGUGCUUGUUUGGCUUUCCAAAAGCCUCAAUUUUGCUGCACUGGUGCUUAUGGAACACCCCAAACUUGCCCACCUACAAAGUAUUCUCAAUUCUUUAAGGAACUUUGUCCUCAAGCUUAUAGUUAUGCUUUUGAUGAUAAGACUAGUACUUUUACUUGUCCUAGUGCUUCCACUGAUUAUCUUAUUAGUUUUUGUCCUUAG